ACGUUCAUAUAAGGGCUGCUACAAUAAUUGAAGAUCUUGGCGGGGAAAGUAAUGCCAAUGAACAAGAAAGUUCUUUAACUAUCUCUAAAGUUGAUAAUAGCCAACAUGUAUCUACCACAAAUCAAGCAACUUCCUUUAUCAUAGUAGUUGUCAUUCCAGUGCGUGGAAUGACUUGCCAAUCCUGCGUAAAAUCCGUCACUAAAGCAGUUUCCUUAUUACCUGGGAUAUCUAAUAUUAAUGUUAGUCUAGAGAAUGAGGAAGCAACAGUUGCAUAUGAUGCUAGUAGCAUAAGCAAGGCUAGGAUCAUCGAGGCAAUUGAAAAUGCAGGUUUCAAUACUACGUCUCCACAAAGAGAAAAUUCAGACGCAAAAUUAUCUUCGGGAAAUUUGACAAUUACUUUACCCAUCAAGGGGAUGACUUGUAUGUCUUGUGUGAAUUCUAUUACACGGGCCUUGAGUUCGGUACCUGGUGUAAAUAAUAUUAAUGUUAGUUUAAAAGACGAGAACGCAGUAGUCGAUUACGAUUCUACCAUGAUCUCACAAGAUGAAAUUGUUGAGCGCAUCAUAAAUUGCGGGUUUCAAGUUCCGAUAGAACAAAAAAGCGAUCCACACGAUGAAAUGGGAAAAUCAACCAUACUUCCAGUUCUGGGUAUGACUUGUAAUUCUUGUGUAAACUCGAUAACGAAUUCUUUGAAAUCGAUCCCAGGAAUUAAUAGUGUGAUGGUUAGUUUGGCAGACGAGAAUGCAUCGGUGGAGUAUGACGAAAAAUUAAUCACAGAGGAGAAAAUAAUAGAGACAAUUAAAAAUUGUGGUUUUGAUGUGCCAGUCGUUUCAGAUUUAAGUCUAAAAUCUUCGUUAGCCUCUGAGUUUGCGGCAUUCACCAACAUCACCUUAAAGAAUACUCCGUAUCAAGAAUAUGUUCCUCUUAAGACUAUUGCGACCCACUGCGUCGACCUAGAAAAGAUCAAAACAAGCCAGAUUCAAGUAUGCGGUAUGACUUGUGCAUCGUGUGUCAACAAUAUAGAAUCUCAUUUGAGGGCUGUCCCGGGAAUGGUGUCUAUCAAAGUAUCUUUGCUUUCUGAGAGAGCGACAGUGGAACAUGAUCCUGACGUACUAGAUGAACAUCAGAUAACUGAAAUGAUUAAUGGCAUUGGGUUUAAAGCAACUCUGAUGAAGCCGAAACAAGAGGGCACUGUGGAUCUUCAAAUAUUUGGAAUGCGUGACUCCUCAAAUGCUGACGUGAUAAAAAGAGAACUGGGUAAAGUUUCUGGAAUUCUAAACGUCUCCAUAGACUUUUCCACUUCGAUUGCAACUAUUCAGUUUGACAAGGCAUUGCUGGGUAUUCGAGAUAUUGUAAAUCAUAUAGAAGGUUUCGGAGUCAAUGCCCUGGUUAAUGACAACAGCCAAAAAAUUCAAUUGGAAUCUUUGACUCGUACUAAAGAGAUCACAGAAUGGAGAUCAUCAUUUUAUAGAUCUUUGAUGUUUGCAAUUCCAGUGUUCCUUGUUUCAAUGGUGCUUCCUGAAUUCGGGUGGGGUUCGAAUUUGGUGGACAUAGAGCUGCUUCCUGGAAUUUACAGUGGAGACCUUAUUUGUCUUAUACUAACGGUACCAGUUCAAUUCGGAGUGGGCAGAAGAUUUUACGAAACUUCUUUUAAAGCUUUGAAACACAGAAGUACGACUAUGGAUGUUUUGAUAGUGCUUGGCACCACAUCCGCUUUUGUGUUUUCAAGUUUCACAAUGUUAUAUGCAUUGAUCAGUUCUGAGCAUAAAAGACCAUCAGUAUUUUUUGACACUUCAACCAUGUUGAUUACAUUUGUCACACUUGGUCGAUAUACAGAGAAUUUGGCAAAAGGAAAGACUUCGGUUGCCCUAUCCAAAUUAAUGUCUCUCACACCUACCACUGCUCUUAUAUUAAUUAAGGACGCGAAAACUGGCGAGAUUACUGGUGAAAAAAAGAUUCCCACCGAAUUGAUCCAGGUAGGAGAUAUCGUGAGAAUUGUGCCAGGCGACAAGAUUCCUGCAGAUGGUACAGUUAUCUCUGGUAGUUCAAGCGUGGAUGAAUCGAUGGUCACCGGUGAAGCUAACGCCGUUGAUAAGAAAAUUGGCGAUAUUAUUAUUGGAGGUACGGUUAACAUUCGGGGGGCUUUUGAAAUGGAGGUUACCCGUUCCGGAAGUGACACAGCUUUAUCUCAAAUUGUUAAACUUGUCGAAGAAGCACAAACGUCAAAAGCACCUAUUCAGCAAUUUGCAGACACCGUUGCUGGAUAUUUUGUACCUGUGGUAAUAAUUUUGGGUGUCUUAACGUUCUUUGGUUGGAUGAUCCUUUCCAAAGUCAUGGAUCCUCUUCCGGAUGUAUUUGAACAGGGUGGCAGCUAUUUUAUGGUUUGUCUUAAGUUGUGUAUUUCUGUUAUCGUAGUGGCCUGUCCUUGUGCCCUCGGGCUUAGCACACCGACAGCUGUAAUGGUUGGUACUGGAGUUGGCGCUCAGAAUGGUAUAUUGAUUAAGGGAGGCGAGUCACUUGAAGCGGGACACAAAGUCACAAAAGUUGUAUUUGAUAAAACCGGCACUCUGACAAAAGGUCAAUUGGAGGUUUCUUAUUUUGAAUUGAUGACGGAUAACUUAGAUUUGACCAAAGAAGUGUUCUUUGCUAUUGUUGGAGCGGCCGAAUCCUUCAGUGAACACCCCCUUGGUGUGUCAAUAGCUAAUUAUGGCAAGGCACUUUUAGGUAUUGAAGCAUACGAUGCUCAAGUCAAAGACUUUGAGUCACUCACAGGAAUGGGCAUAAAGUGCACUGUGAUCCUUAAUAAUGCAUAUUCCGUUUCAGAAAAAACUUUUGACAUUUUAAUUGGUAAUGCUCAGUAUCUUUCUCAGCAUAAAAAUAUUUCAAUUCCAAAAUCCAUUGACGAAAAUAAGGAAGCACAAGAGCGUCUUGGGCGUACCUCUGUUUUAGUAGCCAUUAAUAAUGAAUUUGCCGGAAUAAUAUUCCUCUCUGACACGAUAAAGCCGGAAUCCAAGUUGGCUGUCGGCGCGUUAAGCAACAUGGGUAUUUCAGUUGUGAUGGUUACUGGCGAUCAACUGCUUACCGCUCAAGCGAUAGCAUCACAAUGUGGCAUCACCGAUGUUCAUGCAGGUGUUUCUCCUAAGGGUAAAACACAAAUCAUACAAUCCCUUCAACUUGAAGGCAAAGGUAAUGUGGUGGCAAUGGUUGGUGACGGUAUAAAUGAUUCGCCAGCAUUAGCAGCAGCCAAUGUGGGGAUUGCUCUUUGUUCUGGAACCGACAUAGCGAUGGAGGCUGCUGACAUUGUACUUAUGCGAUCAGAUAUUACUGAUGUAGUAGCGGCGAUUGAUCUAUCGCGAACAAUACUUCGUAGAAUACGCUAUAAUUUUAUAUGGGCGUGUAUGUACAAUAUUGUAGGCAUUCCUUUAGCAAUGGGAUUUUUCCUUCCAUGGGGAUACCAUUUACAUCCUAUGAUGGCAGGAGCAGCUAUGGCAUGUUCGAGUGUUAGCGUU